GUGGGAGAGGGAGAGUUUUUUCUUUACGUAGCGCGCCGCGCACACACACCCUCUCACACAGACACAGAUAUGACCAAGACAGCAGCAAUAGCAGCAAAGGACUUCUCCAGUAUGUGGUUGCCAGAUAUCAGGAUGUCAAAGCCAGUAGAGGUUGAGAAAGUAGGGGCUGACUCACCCUUGGAGGGCACAGAUUCAGAGCGGAAUGGACCUGAAUCAAAUCACCAGGCUCAGUCAAUGAAAGUCAACCCCUUUCCCCUUUCACCCACCCUGAGCAGCAGCAAGACUAAGAUGGAGGAAUGUGGUGAGAUGUCCCCGGCCCUUCCUCUUUCUCACGGCCCGACCCCUUCACAGACGGCCCUGCAACAUACACAGCUCAUGCUGACCGGCUCCCAGCUAGCAGGGUUGACAGCACUGUUGCCAGCACAGCAACAGUUGUUGCUGCAGCAGGCUCAAGCGCAGCUCCUGGCUGCAGCUGUGCAGCAGUCCAGUGCAGCUCACGCCGCUCAUGCUGCCCACGCAGCUGCCCAAGCCAAUCAGCAAGCUCAGGCAGCCGCAGCAGCAGCAGCAGCAAAUCAGCAAGCCCAGCAGCAGCAGCAACAGCAGCAGCAGCAUCAGGCGGGACAAACAGGGCAGCAGGCCCAGUCGCAGUCCCAGGGGCAGGGACAGAGCACACAGGAACAGACAGCCCAAAGUGUCCCCGUCCCACCUCCUCCACCCCAGCUCACCCUCUCCCAGCCAAUCCAGCUUACCGCCCAGGACAUCCAGCAGUUGCUGCAGCUCCAGCAGUUGGUGUUGGUGCCCGGCCACUCGCUCCCAUCUCCUGCCCAGUUCCUCCUCCCACCGGCACAGCAGGGCCAGCAAGGACUCCUAUCAACACCAAAUCUCAUUUCGCUACCUCAGCAAAACCAAGGGAGCCUGCUGUCUGCUCCAAAUAGAAUGGGACUCCAAGCACAGGUACGAGAAAACUUUGAAGCUUUAGUCAGUGGAAAAGAAAACACAGCCUCUGCACCAGCGAUAAACAAACACUUCUGUUUCUCCCUCUUCGUUCUCACUUUCAUUCCUCUGACGUUGCACCUGCCACAGCGAGAUAAGAGUGUGGAGGUGAGCGGUGUGACCACAGUGCCCUCAGUGACCUCUCACCCCGAGGAGCCCAGUGACCUGGAGGAGCUGGAACAGUUCGCCCGCACUUUCAAACAGAGACGCAUCAAACUGGGCUUCACACAGGGAGAUGUUGGUUUGGCCAUGGGGAAGCUGUAUGGCAAUGACUUCAGUCAGACCACAAUCUCUCGCUUUGAAGCCCUCAACCUGAGCUUUAAGAACAUGUGCAAGCUGAAGCCACUGCUGGAGAAGUGGCUCAAUGAUGCAGAGACCAUGUCCAUAGAUAGUACCCUGCCCAGCCCCAGCUCCCUGUCCUCUCCCACUUUGGGCUUCGAUGGGGUUCCUGGUCGCCGCAGAAAGAAGAGAACCAGCAUCGAGACGAAUGUACGCGUGGCCCUGGAACGCGCAUUCAUGACGAACCAGAAGCCUACCUCAGAAGAGAUCCUGCUGAUCGCAGAGCAGCUCAACAUGGAGAAGGAGGUGAUCCGGGUCUGGUUCUGCAACCGCCGGCAGAAAGAGAAACGCAUCAAUCCCUCCAGUGCCACCCCUCCCCUGCCCAGCCAGCCCCCCACUGCCCCACCAACGCACAAACCACCCUGCUACAGCCCUCACAUGAUGUCCAGCCAGCUGUCGCAGGCCGUGACCAGUCUCAGCACAACAGUGACCACCAUGUCCCCCGUCUGCCCCCUGACUUCCAGCCUCACCUCCACCCACCCCUCCCUCAGCUCCGCACCCUCCCCAGUGACUCCUCCUCCUCCUCCCCGCAGCACGGCCAGCCCAGCCACUCCCAGCCACAGCACACUCAACCUUAACACAGGCUUAUGGCGUAUGGGUAAAAAGAAUGGUGACGUGUCUAACUACAUCACCGAUUUUGCUGCAAACUUGAGGAACACUGUGAUGGGAGUUAACACAGGGAUGAACCAAGCCCUCCUCGGUAACAAUCCCCUGGCCACUAUCCAAGCCCUAGCAGCCAGUGGUGGCCAGCUGCCUCUUUCCAGUCUUGAGGGGGCCAGUAAGGUGAUGCUGGGGGCCUCUGGGGGCCAGGCAGGGGGCCUCCCCUCCUCCCUCUUCCUCAACCACCCCGCCCUCCUCCACAUGGGCCAGAACCCCGGUGCCGGAAUGGUCAGCGCCGCUGUAGCCAAAGCCUCCCAGGCCUCCCCCUUCCCCUCGGCCAGCAGCAUCAGCCCCACCCCCUGCUCCCCUUCCCCCUGCUCCAGUCCCGCCUCUUCCUGCUCCUCCAGCGAAAUGGCACACAGCCCGCCCUCUCUGGGCGGGGCCAAGAUUGAGUGACCGCGCCAAGGGCCAAUCAGAGAGGAGGAGGGAGAAGGAAACGAGAACCUCGCCUUUCACACCAAAGCUAUCUCUUUCUCUCUCUUGCGCUCUUCUUCCGUUAUUUUUCUCACAAUGGCUCUCUCUCUCUUUCUCUCCCAGUCUUUCGAUGCCAAAAAUACACAGAAUGAAAGAGGAGAGAGGGAGGGAGAGAAGUGAAGGAGGGGAGAAGGGGGGGGAAAGGGGAAGAUUGAAACCAAAAAUCUUUAUCUAUCCAAACCGGUGGAGAGGAGGCAACGUGGGACCUUUUUGUCAAUAACACGUGAUAUCGACAUGGCGCCUCUGCACUCUUUCUCUCUGAGGGAAAACAAACCAAUGACUCUUUAACAAAGAGACGGAAGAGACGGCGGAGAAGCAUGUCGAAGUGAAUAAACCAAAAAUGACAAAAGAUAACUUUACUAUGUGACAAAGGAAUGGCGGCAAGGACAAAAAAAAUGGAGAGGAGGACUGUGCUUACGUUUUCCCUUUUUUUAAAUUAUUUUCGAAAAGCUGCGGGUCUGAAGGAAGAGGAGUAGGGAGGAUAAGUUUAAACCAAAAAUUUACCUGAGGAGGAGGCGGAGGAGGAAUACACAAUGACAAAAAAAAAAAAAAAAAAAAAAAAACGACAA